CGUUUCACAACGGCCGGUUUGUUUGUUGCAUUUGGACGCCUUGCGUGUGAGCAGAAAUAAUUGUGUGAAUUAUCUGUAACAAAAAGAGUCCUGUUUGUUCGCGUUUUUCUGAAAAAGAAUUCUUUUCAUUGCAUCGGAAGUAAAGAUUUGAUAUAGAAUUGUUAUCUCAAUCGUCCGACUCCACUCGCCAUGGAAAUCAACGAGAACAACUUUGAGCGUCUCGCAAAUUAUUUGCAACAAACGCUCAGCCCUGAUCCUGAAGUGCGUCGCCCCGCGGAACGGUUCAUCGAGAGCAUCGAAAUUAGCCAGAAUUAUCCGCUGUUGUGUUUGCAUCUCGUCGAACGACCCCAGGUGGACAUCACGAUUCGGGUGGCGGCAGCCAUUGCGUUCAAGAACUUUGUCAAACGCAACUGGGGCUAUCACUUGGAGAACGAUGGCCCCGAUAAAGUGGCCGAGUCGGACCGGAACGGAAUCAAGUCGAUGAUUGUUCCGUUGAUGUUGAAGUCACCGCUGUCAAUCCAGAAGCAGCUGAGCGAUGCGGUCAGCAUCAUCGGCAAGUACGACUUCCCGCUCAAGUGGCCGCAGCUUAUGGACGAAAUGAUUGAAAAAUUUGCUACCGGCGAUUUCAACAUCAUUAACGGUGUCCUCCAGACGGCACAUUCGCUCUUCAAGCGCUACCGGUUCGAAUUCAAAUCUCAAGAACUGUGGGAAGAGAUCAAGUUUGUGUUGGACAAGCUGGCUAAGCCUCUGACGGAUUUGCUACAGGCUACCAUUGGGCUGGCCGAAGCGCACUCCAGCAACGAGGAAGCCCUGAAGAUUAUCUACGGCUCGCUGGUGUUGGUAUGUAAGGUAUUCUAUUCGUUAAAUUCACAGGAUUUGCCUGAAUUUUUCGAAGACAAUAUGGAAACGUGGAUGAAAGCGUUCCAUGGUAUGUUGACGGUAGAUAUCGGUUGUCUAAAGACCCCGGACGAUGAGGAUGCGGGAGUCUUGGAGCAUUUGCGCUCCCAAGUUUGUGAGAAUCUCUGCCUGUAUGCACAAAAAUAUGACGAGGAGUUCAGUCCAUAUAUGCCGCAAUUUGUGACUGCCGUUUGGGAACUGCUCGUUAAUACAGGAAUUAUGACAAAGUACGACACUCUUGUCUCAAAUGCAUUGAACUUUUUGAGUACGGUCGCUGACCGAAACCAUUAUCGGCACCUGUUCGAAGAUCCGAAUGUAUUGGCGAGCAUCUGCGAGAAGGUUAUCAUCCCGAAUAUGGACUUCCGUUUGUCGGAUGAGGAACUGUUCGAAGACAAUCCAGAAGAGUACAUUAGGCGAGAUAUCGAGGGAUCUGAUGUGGAAACCAGGCGCCGUGCAGCAUGUGAUUUAGUCAAGACCCUAUUCCAAAACUUCGAGGGAAAAAUCAUCGAGAUAUUCGGACAGUAUUUGCAGGUUUUGUUGGCUAAAUAUGCUGAAAAUCCAGCCAAUAAUUGGAAAACCAAGGAUACCGCAAUUUACCUGGUUACGUCAAUGGCAUCCAAAGGUCAAACUCAGAAGCACGGUGUCACGCAAACUUCCGAGUUGGUCCCACUUCCCCAGUUCACCCAGCAGCAAAUCAUUCCCGAGUUGGAGCGAGCGGACGUCAAUGAGCUACCUGUUCUGAAAGCUGAUGCCCUCAAGUUCAUCAUGACCUUCCGCACAAUUCUGGGACCGCAGAUCAUUGUAGCUACCCUGCCCUUGGUGGCAAAACAUCUGGCCGCUGGAAAUGUGGUCGUUCACAGCUAUGCCGCAUGUGCAAUCGAUAAAAUCCUCACCAUGAAGGGUCCAGAUAACAAACCGAUCGUCACGAAGGAAAUUUUGGCACCGUUGAGCGCUGAAUUGAUUACCGGACUGUUCGCUGCAUUUACCGUCCAAGGCUCUAAUGAAAAUGAGUACAUUAUGAAGUGCAUAAUGCGUACUCUCAACACUCUUCAGGAGGCAUCGUUGCCGUUCAUGAUUGUAGUGUUGCCAAGACUGACGGAAAUACUAACGGUGGUUUCCAGAAAUCCAUCGAAGCCGCAUUUCAAUCACUACUUGUUCGAAACAUUGUCACUAUCUGUGAAAUUGGUAUGCAAGGCAGAUCCAAAUGCAGUAAGUUCAUUUGAAGAAGCGUUGUUUCCUGUAUUCCAAGGAAUUUUGCAGCAAGAUGUUCUCGAAUUCAUGCCGUAUGUUUUCCAAAUGCUGUCACUGUUUUUGGAGAUUCGCGAGGGAAAGAGUGCCAUUCCCGAUACCUACCUGUCGCUGUUUCCCUGCUUGUUGGCACCGGCUUUGUGGGAGCGGCCCGGCAACGUCACGCCGCUGAUUCGUCUUCUUUGCGCCUUUGUACGGCAGGCAUCACCUCAGAUUAGUGCCGAGGGAAAGCUAAACGGCGUGCUGGGGGUAUUCCAGAAGAUGAUCGCCUCCAAAAGUAACGAUCACGAAGGUUUCUAUCUGAUGCAAAACCUGCUGAUGCAUUAUCCUCCUGAGGAGCUCGGACAAAGUAUGCGUCAAAUAUUCUCAUUGCUUUUCCAGAGAUUGAGCUCGUCCAAAACAACGAAAUUUGUGCGCAGUUUCAUCGUGUUCCUUUGUCUGUACGCGGCCCGCGUUGGACCUCAAGCUUUGAUUCAAAUGAUUGAUGGAAUUCAAGCUUCAAUGUUCGGAAUGGUUAUUGAACGAAUUUUCAUCGCCGAUAUGAAUAAAGUAUCCGGGGAGGUUGAACAGAAAAUAGUCUCGGUCGGUGUUACUCGUUUAUUGUGCGAGUGUGCCGAAAUGAUCAGUGAACCGUACGUCAAAUUUUGGCCACUACUUUUGCAAUCCGUUAUCCAGGUCUUCGAGCUGCCCCCGGAUGAGAACAACAUCGAAGGGGAUACGUUUAUCGAGAUCGAAGACGUUCCUGGAUAUCAGGCGGCUUACUCGCAGCUGAACUUUGCCCAAGCAAAACCAGUUGAUCCGCUGCCGGACGUAGCCAAUAGUCGGCAAUUUUUGGUACAAAAUCUCGGCAAGCUGGCUCAAAGCAAUCCAGGUAAGAUCGGGGCCCUGGUGUCGUCGUUGACGGCAGCGCACCAGGAAGCCUUGCAAAAAUACUGCGCCCAAAGCGGGGUGCAAAUUGCAUAAAGUGAAUUCUUGCUUGCUUAUUGCACUAGGUGUUACUGUAUGAUUAGUUAUUUCUUUUUCUGUUCGAAGCCAACUACAUUGAUGCAUAGAAUAGUUCACCAGUAUAGCUGUAAAUGUCUAACAAUAAAACUACUAAGUGUUACUUUUUGAUAAGAA